UCCCCUGAUAUCAUAAAAAAAAAAAAGGAACAAAAACACAAUCAAAACCAAAAUUAGGGUUAGGGCUUCCUCACCAUCCUAAAUUUCCCCCAAUAUCAACAAUCUCCAAUUAACAAUUCCACAUCUCAAUUACCUCUACACAUGCAUACAACAGACAUUUAUCUCUCACACAAAGCUCCAAUUUGACACAAUCAUGAAAGAUUUAGAAGCAAUUGCACAAUCACCAUUCUCAGUUAUAUCAAACUCAAAUUCAUUAGAUGUUGAUAAAAAUGGCGGGAAUAUGUACGGAUGGCUUAUAAAUUGCCAUGGAUUCUGGCACAAUGUAGCAUUGGUUUUGCCUUGUGUUAUGUUUUUGUUGUUUUUAGCAUUUCAGGCAAAGAAGAGCUUUGUUAAGCUCUUGAAUGGGCGAUCAGUUGUUAUGAUUGCGUAUUACGGUUCAGUUUGGUUCGUGGUGUUUUUUAAUCUUGCUUGGUGCUUGCUUCAGGCAUGGGAAUGCACUUCUGCAAAAGAAACACCAUGGAAUGCUCUUUCGCUUUUUACAGAUGCUGGGAUGCUUUUUCUUGAAGUAAGCUUGGUGGCCUUCUUACUCCAAGGAAAUCAUUCUAGCGGAAAAGAAGGUUUGACCAGGACGUUUGUUGUCUCGGGUCUCAUUGUUGCUUUUGACAUACUCCUCAAGGCGAUCUACCUGUAUGGAUUUUCAGUUCCACUAUUUAUCACCGAUGGUGAACACAGAAAUCGGGUCAAAUGGGGAUUGUGGGCCGUCCACAAGUUACUACUUACCGCAGUAUAUGGUGUCAUUCUAUUUAUGUAUAACUCAGAUUGGAGAGAGAGACUGCCUGCUAGACCAGCAUUUUACAAGUACGCUAUCAUCAUGUUUUGCUUGAAUGUGACGGCAUCGCUAGCUUGUCUUUUGUUGACUGGACCUGGUUUUGUAUUUGGAUCCUGGUUAUAUAGUUUCACUACCAUUUGUUAUCAUGCCUUGUAUCUCCCUCUGCUAUAUGUUACAUUUCUUGCAGACUUUUUUGAGGAGGAUGAUUUCCAUUUGGAGAGUGUAUACUACUCUGAAAUGAAAGAUGCUGGCUUCUUUGACGCUGAUUGGGAGAUAUAACCUUGACAAUACAAAAGUAGAAUACAAUCGGUGGUUCAUUGUGUAAAUACUGACAAUCACACAAUGCACAAGCUCAGACCCUCCCUUUGAAUCUAAACGGUUUCUACUUGGCCAGUUUCAUCAACUCGAGCUGAUGCACUCGUAAAAUGUUGUUAUGUACAAUGUAAAUACCCUUAACCGAGGUUUAGAUGUAUGAGUAUAUACAAAUACCGAUUAUCUUCUUUA